CUGAUAUCAUUAUGUUAAAAUAUUUAUUCUCAGCUGUUAAACUGUAUUAUGGAUAUGGUAGAAAAAACGCGGCGUUCGCUGACAGUCCUCCGCCGCUGCCAAGAAGCGGAUCGUGAAGAGCUGAACCACUGGAUUCGUCGCUACAGUGAUGCAGAGGACUUGAAAAAGACUGUCAGCUCUGUGACUCAGCCAGCGCGGCACCACAACAGCUCCAGCACCGAAUCCUCCCCAGCAGAGCCUUCACGGGACUUUCUUCAUCGGCCACAGGCUGGGUAUAUGCCAGAAGAGAUCUGGCGGAAAGCAGAGGAGGCGGUGAACGAAGUAAAACGCCAGGCCAUGUCGGAGCUGCAGAAGGCGGUGUCCGAAGCAGAGCGCAAGGCUCACGACCUCAUCACCUUAGAGCGAGCCAAAAUGGAGCGGGCGUUAGCCGAGGCAAAGCGGCAGGCAUCCGAGGACGCCGUCUCAGUCAUCAAUCAGCAGGAGGACUCAAGUGAGAGCUGCUGGAACUGCGGACGAAAGGCCAGUGAGACCUGCAGUGGUUGCAACACAGCCCGAUACUGUGGCUCCUUCUGCCAACACAAGGACUGGGAGAAACAUCACCAUGUGUGCGGCCAGUCCCUGCACCACCCACCCAGCUCGCAGCCAGUGUCUACCACCCCGGCCACACCCGCAGCCAGCCCAACUGCAAGCAGCUCCGCCUCUCGCUCUGGGACCCCCGCCACGCCCCUUUUGCUGGAUACCGCCUCUCGCUAAUGGAGACUGCAGGAUAUAAGAACCUGAGGAUACAGACCAGCCAACUCCUGCUCACAGACAGCUACACCCAUCAGCCACACUGUGGGGUUCUGGGCAGUGGCUGCCAUGACUCCACCUGCCCCCCCCCAACCCCCAUUGUGUCUGUUUCUGGGUGGGUUGGGAUCUGUUUUGUCAGCGUGGUUUGCAAUUGAACCUGAAGACGAACACAAAGCUUCAUAUUUCAAAAAAUUCCCACCCUACCUAUUCGUUCGGGAGUAUAAAGACCCUCUGAGGGGUGAUAGACUAAGAAGAUUCAUGGGGUGCGGGAAGUGUUUAAUUUAAAACUACUCUCAAAUCUUUGGCUUUAAACAUAAUUGAAAUCCAAAAAUAACACAGAUAUACAAAUUAAACUACCUUGCUAGACAGCCAAGAAAUGUCAGACACCAAGAACACCUCUUACCAAGAAAUCCAAAAAAUAAAACCCCAGUCCAAACAUAACCAGCCCUGCCAAAGCCUGGUCCGAGAGGAGUGGAGGGAGCUUUCGGGGGAAGAACAGAAAGUUUCAAUGUAUUCUGAGAGUUCUGCUGGGGGAACAUCCCUGGAGAAAGACACCUUAGUAGAAGCAGCGUUUCACGUGUUUACUCCAAGGCUUCCUCUGGGGAUAUCCCACCUCUGCUGCACUUGCAUCUUCCUCCUCUACCUCCUCUGUAGCAAAUAGCCUCAGCUGUUCAGGACUAACUUCCUUGUCCUACUCUCAGAUUGUCCCAGAGGGAGAAAAAGACUAGAGACGCAUUUCGCAACCUGUUCAGACAGACAUUGAGACCCUUGUGUACCAGUGUUUUUCCACUACACCCCUGUCCCACUUUCAAAGCACAGGACGGAGAUACCCGGAAUGGAAUAUUUAAUGGACAGUUGUGGCCAAUACAACAGUUGGGGACUGGCGGGAGAUAACUCCAGGAACUCCCAUCCCCCUCCCCCCAGCUCAGACUUAAACCCACAAUGGGAAAAAAAAUUGUACAGGUUUUUUUUUUUUUUUUUUAAAUAUUUUAUUUAUAAAAGCAAAACAAAAGAAUUCCCAUGUAGGGGACGUGAGUGCAAUAUGAUACGUGCGAGGCUACUGAUGGGACGGGGGAGUCGGCUGCAGAUUUAUAUAUACAAAAAGAACAAUACAACCAUAGGGUGUGCAGCUGCUGAGUGUUAGUUCAACACGAGGAAGUACAGUAGCAGAGAUUUGUUAAUUCAGCUCCAUAUUCUCCAAUAGUAUAUCACAGCAGGAAUGCUGCACCGCUGUGUAGUCGCUGGGGCGGAUGGUGACGCAUGGCAUGUGUAUUUUCAGAACACCGUAUGUCGGCGUGCAUUGUCGCUGGGACAAAACUUGCCCAUGUGUAUUCUGGAAUGGAAACUAUCAAUUGCUUAUUUAUUAUCAGUUCUUACGGCUUGGGAAAAUCUGGUGCCUAUAAAUAUGGUUCUGAGAUUUCAGUUCAUGUCACGGACUAGAAGUCCCAUGUGAUUUGAUGGCAUCAAGUAUUAAUGUAGAACAAUUUGUGUCGUCCCACUCAAUCUUAUAGCUGAUCAUUGAUUUUGGAGAAGUUUGCUAAAGCAACCUAUCAGAUACUAGUUAUUUUAUAGAAGGUACUAAAGAAAGAUAGCUGGUAUCUGAUUGGUUGGUGAAACAUAAAUCUGCAUAAGGCUGCAAUUGACUUUGAUAGUUUCCCUUUACCAGGAUGCACUGUAAUAAUAUGCCAAUCUUAUAUUGAUAGCAUUGUGCUAUAGCACUUGUCCUGUGUAUGAGAAAUGCUGUGUGGUACUUCUGCUAUCUGCGAGAAUUCAUUUAAGGAAAUACAACUUGUGCAGCAGAAGAUACGCCAGGUAAUCAGUUACACAAUGACCUGGUUGGUGCUGCUUUUAACUUCAAAGCUUUCUAUUACAGAGGUUUUACAGCACGACAGUAGAUCACUUUCUCACUGGUGGCUCAGUUAACACCCAUGUGGCCUGAAUGAAUGAGGGGCUGGGGAGCAUUUGAGUAGAGGCCUACACAGUAACACUGCAGACUAGUAAUGACUGGUUCACCAAGCUAUUGAUAAUUAACAUCUAAGCAUGAAUCAUUCUGUCCAGGUGGAGGCCAAGUGGGUAUCACAGUGCAGAGCAGCUGGUGAUGAGGCACCUGUCACCUGCUCCACUUGGAAUUACCAUGUGCUGAUGCACAUUCAUGAGGGUGCAGCCUAUCAGUGCACUAGGAACCCAGGACUCAUAACUAUUGGUUAUGUCUCAUGAAUCGUGGUCAUGCAAUGCCUGGGUGAUAUCACCACUAGGGUGGCUUCCUCGUGACUAUUGUUCCAGCUCAACUAGAACCCAGGAAAGCAUUGAGUGUUAUUUUACCACAUUCAGAUGGACACGUUUGUGUAGGUCACCAUCAUAUAUCAGAUUGAUUUGAGGAUUCCACCCAGAUCUCCUAGCAAUAGUGAUGCCCCAAAAGUGGGCCCAAUCUCCUGUAGCCUUGCCAUCUCUUGCAGUAAUGUUGCUUAAUCUACUGCCAGUUGUACACCUCAUCCAGCUAUGCUAACUGCAGUCAAAUGAGAGGCUCUUGACCCACCAUUGCAUUUAGAGGAUUGUUAGUUCCAUGUUCAGUGGAAGCCCAUUGCUACAUCUGCCAGGUGCAUUGGGUGGAACAGAAGACACAAACAUGACUUCCCUUGGGACCUCGAUGGGUUAUGGGAAGGUGAACAUCCAUUCCCAUUACAGCUGUUGAUGAACUACAGCCCCACAGGGGCAUCAUGGAAUAUGUAGUUCAGCAACAGCUAGACGUCAUUCUCACCUAUCGUCUCACUACACAGUUGGGUGUGGCUUCCAAAAAAAGUAACCUUAUUAUGGCACUAGAAUCACUGGCGCAUGGCGCAAGCGCACUUCCGUCUGAUAAACAAGAAUCUUAGCAUCAGUUCUUUUUUCAUUUUCAUGUCUGCAAUGUUUUAAGGGAGAAUUAUCAUCAAAAUGCAUUUGUUCUGAAAUGUGUAAAAUGAAAUAAAGUAGGGUCUACUAUGGAGUAUUAAAACCAGCUCUGCUGUAGCUAUAGCGACACCUGCUGGCUAAGAAUAAAAUAGCCAACAAAACACUAUAACCAAAAUAUGAAAGUGUUCCUGUUGAUGGGAUGCAGUUAAUAUACCGGCUGUCGGGAUCCCGGCGUUCAGAUUACCGAUGUCUGAAUCCCAACAUAUGCAUUCCCUGUAGACUUCACACUAGGGGCAGAUUACUGAAACUUCUAAAAGCAAGCAUGGCGGUGUUGCCUUUAGCAACCAAUCAGCUUCUAGCUAUUGUCUUCUAGACUCUGCUUGCUAUACAAAUGAUAUCUAUAAUCUGAUUUGUUGUUACGAGCCACAUCUCAAUUUGUGCUUUGUACAAGUUUUAGUAAACAACCUAACCUAUUUGAUGCUAUAUAAUACAUUAAAACCAUUUAUUCUUGGAACGUGAUAAUAGUUUCCCAUUAAACAGUCCUCUAUCUUGCUGUGCACCUGCCUCAUUACCUUAGUCAGCUAUGAAGGAAGUUUUAUUUUUUUACACAUCCUAUGAAAAACAGAAAGUAAUAUAUAAAAUAUUUGGUAUGUGUGUGUGUGUAUAAUAGCAACCUGCUGUGUCUUUAUCAAUUCUGUCAUCUCCUCUUGUAUUGUAUGUUUGAUACUCUGUAGCCUCCAUUUCUUUCAAAGUGGCAUCCAGCCGUCUCUCUGUUACGGUGUAUAGUGGCCAAUACACGCAGUGCGUUCUGUUUUGUUCCUUGAUAUUAAUCACAGAGUAUACCCUGCGCAGUUUUGUUUUUGCACUCAGGUUGCUUCAUUUCCUCAUCAUUUUGAAUACAGAGUGCUGUCAGCUAUUAACCAACACAACAUGGCACCAUACGUACGAUGGAUUUGGGGAGUUGUGAAAAGCUGGACUUUCAAUAUCCACACGGAUUACUGCGCUCGUUAACUCUCUUGCACUACCUCUAAAGGUCACAACCCUACGUGGAACUACAAAAUGGCCGCCAAGCAUCACAUUGAAACCAAAAUGUCAUUGUGGGAAAGGACUUGGGCCGUCCAGGCAACAACUGUCCUAGACUUGAAAAGCAGCUUUAAAUACAGAACACAAUGUCCCAAGGAUUACUGGACAGGGACCUCAUAGUUGGAGGCUGUUUAUGAAUCCCAAGAGGUUGUAGCUUUAAGAUGGCAGCUCUUAUAAUUAUAGGAUCUGCAUUGGCCUCCUCAUACCCAGUUUUCAGUGACACUUGGGAAAUGUCCUGUAUUGUUUAUUCUUAUGUCACACUACCAACCUGCAACAGUCCCUUCUGUCUGUGCUCCCUCAAUGCUUUGCCUCAAACAGCAGCAGAACCCCGACUGCUAUUACUGGGAUUUCUGAUUCCCUUCACUGCCAAAAGUUAGAUAUAGCACCAAUUUCAACGACUAGUUCACAGUUCUUUUUGACCUUCAAAGCAGGAUCCAUCCCCUUUAAACGGAGCAAUCUGGAAAUAAUUGCAUUAAAAAACGAACUAAAUUAAUCACGAAAAAAAAAAACAAUUGUUGGGUUGCACUAAACAGCAGACUCUUCAUUAAACUAUAGGGUGGAGUUCUCAUCAGAUUAGGCAUGUUCAGUUUAGAGGGAACAUACUAGCCAAGCUACAGUAUGUUAUAUGGGUGAUAAAAUAUAACACAUUGCCUGUGAUGUAUCAAGAUUUUGGCCUCUUAAGUGGAAAAAUAAAACUUUACUGAAAUAAAUGUUCAGAAUAAUCAUAGAAAAAUGCAUAGAAGUUGUAGUUGUAAAUGCCUAUACCAUAGAAGCAGAAAGACUGGUGCCACAAGCGAACCUAGGGCCAAAUGUAAUAGAGAGUUUCAGAAAGUGAGAGAUUUGGUAAGGUUUUUCAUUAUUUUUUAAAGUGGCAAUCAUUUACACUGCAAAACCAGGUUGAUCUUGCUAUCUAAAUGAUUUCCACUUUAAAAAAAAAACCCUGCAAAACCUUACCAAAUCACUUUCUGAAACUCUCACUCUAUUACAUUUGGCCCCCUCUGUGUUUCUCCAUAAAUAAGAGCGUUCUAAGCACUUUUCAUAAUGAACUGUAAUGCCUACUUAUGUCCACUAGGUGGAACUAGAGUGCAAUUGUGGAAAUCUUUCUGCUAGCAACCAAACUUCACCAGGCAACAAUUUUUAACCCUUUGGUUGCACAGUAUAUAAUUUCUUACAUCAAAAAUACGUUUCCACUUCCUGGUUACUGUAUUAACUUGUGCCGACUUGCAACUCUUUCAGAAUGCAUUGCUUUCUUUGGUUUUCAGACAUUUAUUUAUAGGAUAAGGCUUAUAAAUGUACAGUAAUCAUUACUGUAUAUUAUUUUUCAGUCUGAUCUAUAUAAAUAAUGAAUUUAGCAAAAGUGGCUUGAGGACAGGCACAGGCCAAUUAACUAGUAAUCUAAAUGGUCCCAUAGUCGCAUGCCAUGACUAUUGCAGUCACAGGUUUGGAGAACCAGAAUAACUACUCAACCAGUAGUUCUCAAACUCGGUCUUUAGGACCCAAACAGGUCACGUUUCCAGGCCAACUAGCAGGUACACGAGUGUCUACAUUGCCAACUGUCACAUUUUAAAAGAGCCACAGGUAGGGAGCUAAUUAUUUCACUUGUGAUUCUGUGAGGAGACCUGGAAAACAUGCACUGUUUGGGGUCCUGAGGACCGAGUUUGAGAACCUGUGUAUUUGCACUGCAAGAUGACAACAUACAGGUGCUAAGCCAGUAUUUACAUUUGGCCCUUCACACCGUUUGUAGAACACCUACACUGCAAUGGUUACGAGCAGCCCAACCUGAAAUGUCUUGAAUGUGCUGUAUGGAUAUAACCUGAGGUCACUUGUUAUGUAAGGGACUCCUGCUUCCAGAGCAUAUGGAAGCUGCAGAGGGUAAUGCACAGAUAACUAGGGGAUGAGUGCAUCUAUGCGGGGGGAGGCAGGGCCGGUGCGGACCCAGCAGACACAGGGCUGCAGAUUUUUGCAUGCUGGUAUCUCAAUGUGUUGUAUGUCUGAUCUGUGGCAGCUGUAACCAUUCACUCAGAUCAAUGUCUGUUCUGUGAUCUGUAUCUGUGUCAUAAAAGAAAUUUUAAUAUGGA